GAGGCGAGAAGCUCCUCAUCAUAACCUGCUAGCCCGCUGACGUCGCAGUCUCCUCGACCGACGGUGGCAGCCGUUCGUCUUUCUUUGUACACUGCGCCCCCACCUUUACCCGCCUGGGUCUGUCCAAUAUGCCACAGCGGCUGAAUAUGAGGGAUGAUGAGCUCUCAGCCAUCAUCCAGUUCGCACCCGUAGCACUCGUGGUCUUGGACAGAAACCGGAACUUGAAGAGAGUCAACAAGUUUGCCGAGACUAUGCUCGGGCUAGAUGCAAAGAUGUGUACUGGUGCCCCCUUCAAUGCUUGGGUGGCCGAGAGUACGCGGCCGACAGUGACAAGGGCCAUUCGAUAUGCUGCUGAGUCCAAGUGGGGAGAGUCUGAGCACGGCUCGCCGUGGGCUCAGCCUGCACAGUCCACCGUAGCUCUCACCCCACGUCGGACGCCCGAGGAUCGGGCAGGUAGACCCUUCUGGUGCGGCAUCACCAUUGCAGCCUGUUUCGACACACCUGCAAAUUCGUCCAAGCUGUAUAUGCACGAAGCCUGGUACAUCAUCACAAUCACAUUAUUGUCCAGCUCAACGACGAAACCUCCGAGCCUGCCGAACUUCACGACUCCAGUCGAAGUAGCUCCAGAAGAGGAGGCCGUAUUAGAAACGGCUAAACAAGUCGCAGCAGCUAAUCUCGGCCCUGAUCAAGAAGUAGAGUCUGCCGUCGACGAUGACAGAGGUCCCUUCGACGAUUUGGCGGAUCCGCCUCUUCAGACAUCUCUCCUGGCCGAGGCUGUUGCAUACAAUAUCGAUUACGCAGUGGUUUGCAUGUCGAGCGACGGACACACCGCAGUUCGAAAUCGGACAGCGGACAGUUUACUUGAGCGUAUCAGCGCGGGCCCUGGCGGCGGCAUGUAUGAGGAAAACGUCGAAAAUCCUCCAGCCGCUCCUCCAUCGGACAGAACAGCCGACUCUGCUCCUCUCGAGGGGGAGGUCGAUACAGCUUGGCUUCUAUCGCACUUCAACUGCUACGACGCAUCCUUUUCUCAGCUACUCAAUUUCCGCGACUACCCUUUGUACAGAUGUGCAAUCCUGGGCCAGAAGAUCGUAAAUGAACAGAUUGGUGUCAUCGCCAAAGACGGCACCAGGUACGUUCUGGAAGUCACUGGAAUCCCUCUCUUCGACUCCGGGGGGGAUGGAAGGUACAUAGGUGGAGCUCUUUUCCUGAAAGACGUCACGAGAGAAUCUUUCCGUGCGAGCAGCAUGAGUGUGGCAGAAGUGGCACUUGUGGAUGACAGCGGAUCAGUCGACACCAUUGCUAGCUUCAAGCGGGUCUGUGAAGACCUACCAGAGAUUGCUUGGAUUGCCAACAGUGAUGGCUACCUGGAAUGGUACAAUCAUCGCUGGUACGAGUAUACUGGGUCUUCCUUUGAGACCUCGAAGGGUUCCAGCUGGACAGACUAUGUACAUCCUGCCGAUCUGCCUUCGGUAGGCAAGGCAUGGAGCAAGGCACUCCGUCAGGAAUCCCGCUAUGAGGUGCAAGAACGGAUCUUGGCGAAAGACGGAACGUACAAGUGGAUGCUUUGUCGAGCGCACCCGGUCCGAAACAGCGAAGGCAAGGUGCUGAGGUGGUUCGGAAUGUUGACAGACGUUCACGCGACACUGAAUGCUCUUGCAUCAAACCGAGAGGCUAGGGAGAACCUUUCCGAUGCUGUGCGAGGCGCUGAUAUCACUCUGUGGGCAGUGAACACAGAAGGUAUCUUCACACUGGCGGAGGGCCCUCUUGCCAGCUUGGACGCUGCGAAGGGCUCGAGUAUCUCAGGCUCAAGUGCUCACUCAAUCUCUGCCGGCUCAAGCGGUUCGGAGGAUGCUAGAACAGAUCUGCCCCACCUUCGAGAGCCUACGAAAGCACCCAUUGUCGGUCGUAGCAUCUUCGAAGAAUGGGGUGGGCAGAGGAAGGAUCCAAUCAUGCAGGCAUUGCAGGGAGAGCACGUCACAGAGGAGAGCACAAUUAGAGGGCGGACUUACCGUACAAUGUACAGGCCCACGAGGGCUCAGAUGAACGCUCCGACCAGCUUCUUGCUCACUCACGAAGAUGACGAGGCUCCGAUCAUCGGAGUGACCGGCAUGAGCUUCGAUAUCACAGAGCGACUUAUCAUGGAGAAGAAGUUUGAGGAGAGCGCCAGGGAGGUCGCCCGUGCAGAAGCGGCUAGCUCGGCGGCAAAGGAGGCGAGCAGAAUGAAGAGUCAAUUUUUGGCAGUCAUCAGCCACGAGAUUCGUACGCCUCUCAAUGGUGUCGUUGGUCUGAGUGAGCUGUUGCUUGACAUCGACAGUCUCACGGCCGAGGCGCAAGAUUUGGUCCAUUCCAUCCUGCGUUCCUCGGGUGCUCUCCUGACGGUCAUCAACGAUGUGCUGGACUUCAGCAAGGUUGAAGCCGGAAAGUUGGAUCUAGUGUCUCUGCCCUUCUCUCUUCAGCUGGUAUGCGAAGACUCCGCGCGUGACUUCCAGAAGUUGAUGCUCUCGAAGGGUCUGGAGCUCAUCAAGGACAUAGACCUGCCAGAUGAAAUCGUGCUUGGAGAUGCGGGGCGGAUAACGCAGGUCUUGAACAAUCUCCUUGCGAAUGCAGGCAAAUUCACAGAGCGAGGCAGCGUCAUGCUGAAAGCAAGCAAGACCCGGGAGGAGAGCGGCAUUUGCUACUACUCUUUCAAGGUUGCGGAUUCGGGCUGCGGAAUUCCUCAGGCUCAGCUGAGCAGUCUGUUCCAGCCCUUCCGCCAAGCUGACCCAUCGACCUCACGCAAGUACGGUGGCUCAGGCCUAGGACUGGCUAUCUGCCGCAACCUCAUCGAGUUGAUGGGAGGGGAGAUCUCCCUCGAGUCCGAGGAGGGAGUGGGCACGACAGUGACCUUCACAGUCCCUUUGCUGAAGUCUGCCACCUCGGACCCCCAGAAUCCUCGAGAAGAAUUGCAAAGCAUGUUUUCCACCUACCAGAUUGGUGAGAGGACUGCGAUGCUGACCCAAACUACGACCACUACCAAAACGACGGCUUGCCACACCUUUGCACCUGGCCCUGCUUCAGGUGCAGGUACCGCAGCGCCUUCUGAAGAUUAUCUUGGCUUCAGGAGAUCUUCUCUCGUCUCGACCACGACAAAGAGCAACUCCGUCAAGAAAGCUCGCAUUCUUCUUGCGGAAGACAAUCCUGUCAACUCGCAGAUUGCGAUCAAGACGCUGCAGAAGCUAGGGUAUGAGGUCGACCAUGCAGAGAAUGGCGCAGAGGUGCUGGAAUUCUACAAAAAGAAUGAGGAGUACGCCCUGGUCCUCAUGGACUGCAUGAUGCCCACGAUGGACGGCUUCCAAGCGACACGAUUGAUGAGAGCGUCCUCUUCGCUCGCCAUGCGGAAAGUCCCCAUUAUCGCCCUCACAGCAGCGGCAAUCAAGGGCAGGGACAUCUGUCUCGCCGCAGGCAUGUCCGAUUUCCUUUCCAAGCCAGUGCGGAGAGCAACGCUAGACGCCAUGCUGCAGAAGUGGGUCGGACUAGAGCACGACACAACGACGCUGAUGACGCCUUCGAUGAGCAACCAGGAUGCUACCACUCCUGUCUUCGAAUAGACGAUCUGUCGCGUCCCACUGGGAUGGACAGUCUUGCACUGUAGACCUUCCUCUGAAGCUUUGUACAUUACCACCUUUGCCACACCUUCCCCCCCU